GGGCGGAGCCAAGCGGGGAGGGGCGUGGGUGCCGCGCGCGAGCCGGCGGCAGCCGCAGGAGGAGGGAGCACUCCAAGAUGGCGUCGGCGGGGCCCGAGUCGGGGGGCAGCAGCGGGAGCAGCGGCGGCCUGGCGGAUUUCAGCUUUUUGUGCUGCUCGGUGAUGUCAUUUCGAAGAGGAUCAUCUACUUUCAAAAAAUCACUCACCCCUGAGAUGCCAGGUGGUUCUGGGCAGCCAGGCUCACAGACGAUAAAGAAAGGGCACAGAGGAGUGGACUCCACAGGCGAGACCACCUAUAAAAAGACAACAUCAUCUGCCUUGAAAGGUGCCAUUCAGCUGGGCAUUACACACACAGUUGGAAGCUUGAGCACCAAACCUGAAAGAGAUGUUCUCAUGCAAGAUUUCUACGUAGUAGAAAGUAUUUUCUUCCCAAGUGAAGGGAGUAACCUGACCCCAGCUCAUCACUACAAUGACUUUCGGUUCAAAACCUAUGCUCCAGUGGCCUUUCGCUAUUUCCGGGAGCUCUUUGGGAUCCGACCAGAUGACUAUCUGUACUCGCUCUGCAAUGAGCCACUCAUUGAACUUUCAAACUCUGGGGCCAGUGGAUCCCUCUUCUAUGUAUCCAGUGAUGAUGAGUUUAUCAUCAAAACGGUUCAGCACAAAGAGGCUGAGUUCUUACAGAAGCUGCUGCCUGGCUACUACAUGAAUUUGAACCAGAACCCAAGGACGCUGCUGCCAAAGUUUUAUGGCUUGUACUGUGUCCAGGCUGGAGGCAAAAACAUUCGCAUUGUUGUGAUGAACAAUCUACUGCCGCGCUCUGUCAAAAUGCACCUGAAAUACGACCUGAAGGGCUCCACCUACAAACGCCGAGCAUCCCAGAAGGAGCGGGAGAAGGUCUUCCCAACGUACAAGGACUUGGAUUUUAUGCAGGACAUCCCUGAUGGCCUCUUCUUGGACUCUGACAUGUAUAAUGCUCUGUGCAAAACAUUACAGAGAGACUGUUUGGUUCUGCAGAGCUUUAAAAUCAUGGAUUACAGUUUGCUUGUUGCAAUCCAUAACAUCGAUCUGGCACAAAGAGAGCAUGCGAUGGCAGACGGGACAUCCCAGACUGACACACGGCGACCUGCUGCCCAGAAAGCCCUCUACUCGACAGCCAUGGAAUCCAUCCAAGGAGAGGCCCGGCGAGGUGGCACCAUAGAAACAGAUGACCAGAUGGGAGGCAUUCCAGCCCGCAAUGCAAAGGGGGAGAGGCUCCUGCUGUACAUUGGUAUCAUUGAUGUGUUGCAGUCCUACAGAUUUGUCAAGAAGCUGGAGCACUCUUGGAAGGCCCUGGUACAUGAUGGGGACACUGUAUCUGUGCACAGACCCAGCUUCUAUGCUGAAAGGUUCCAGCGGUUCAUGUGCAACACAGCAUUCAAGAAAAUACCAUUAAAGCCAUCGCCUUCUAAGAAGAGCCGGUCUGGCACAACAGUUCCUCGGCGGAGCUGUCAAGGAGGAGUGCCUUCCCAGUCACACAUGUCAUGCGAGACAAAAGCACAAGUAACGACAGAGGUGGAUGUAGAGCAAGGUUCCCACCUUGGUCGCCCAGAUCUCCUGCCCAGGACCCUGCCGGUAGACGAAGCUAACAGUGAUUCCAUCGCAACAACCCUGUCCACUUCUUCUUUGGGCAGUGGAGGCCUCAACUCGCCCGCAAAUAGGUCAGUGGGCGUACAAGUGCAUAAAGCUGACAGCUCAGCAAAGGAUUUGACUAGAGCAGCUCCUGGCAUCUUCCUGUCUAGCGGCUCCCCAGGGCCUUCCGUACCUGAGCACUCUGCAGAGCUGAGAGAGCAGCUUGAAGACCUGCAAGAGACUGAGAUAAGCUUUUGAAGCAACACCGAAACCACCGCAAUGGAAGCAGAUUGUUCUGUGCUCUGCGUGGUCUGUGGAGUCUGACAAAUGUUCAGCCCCUGUUGCUGAUUUAUUAUUUUAUUUUGUUUAAAGUAAUCUUAUCUGGACAGAAACCUAAAAGCUGGAAGGCUGGGCUACACUUAGUGGGAUAGUAUUAACAAAGAUCGAGCCAGCACAGCUGAGCCUCGGACACCUGGAAGUCUCCUUAGAGCAGAGCCCACCGCUGUGUCCCUGCUGUCCUCCUUUCUUUGAAGCCUGGUGAGAGCAAAGGUGGCUGUCAGGAGGAGGAGGAGGAGGAAGAGGAACUGCUCCGCGUGGGCUGAAGCCCUCUGGAAAAGGGAUCUGACUUUCAGGGAGUUAGCUGCUUACGAUGCUGACGCCACAGACCUUGCGAGAAUGGGCGACUCGUCGGAGUUACUGGGGGGGAAACGGGCAUUAGAGCCUCAUUGGGGCAGUUUGCGACAGAGCAAUGUGGGUUUAUUUUGUAUUUUAAACAAGUUUUUAAUUUAAAUGUUUUUCUGAAUUCAGUCAUAUCACUUCUUUUUAGUCUUGCAAUAUAGUAAUUUUUUUUUUUUUAAUAAGUAGGGUUUUUUUUCCAGUGUUCCACCAGCAAGUAUCCCAUGUGAGAGAGGCAGAGAGGGGGAGCAGAAGCUGUACUGACUGUGGAUGACCUCCUCUCCUCCUCCAGCCGCUCCUGGCUGCCAGAGCCUCCUCCGUUUUCAAUCUUGCAUCGCCCUGAGACAGCAACAAGGAGAGCUAGGUGCUGCGCUGUGUUGCUUGGAGCAUUUUGAAUGUGUGAAGCUUUUAAGACGUCAGGGAGGUUUUGGAUUGCUUUGUCCCCCGUUUUUAAACAACACCCUUUUGUUCCUUCCCCGCCAAGUAGGGAGUCGCAGGUGAAGGGAGAUCUUUGUAAGGGGCGUGCUUUUUUAAAAGUAUUUCUUAAGCAAACGGACCAAACCCAGCCUGCUCCGUUCCCUUCCCCUGCCCUCUGUCCUGCUGUGGGCACCACAUGCAAAACUCCUCCCGUUUUUAUAGCUCGGCUCCCUUUUGAUAUCUCGCCUGUAUUGUAGCCGCUGUUGACACCAGUGUUCCCUGCGGCGUGAAACCAAGGUUCCUACCUAAAUGGGACAGACUUCUGCCUCCACAAAAGUAUGAGGCAUUUUGAGUCCGGUUUUAAACAAAAUAAUAAGCUGAAAGGAGGGAUUGUUCUGCUGCCAUUUCCCUGCGGUGACGCCUGGCCCAUGCUGGCUGCAGACGCUUCUCUAGAGAUCUCAGAGCAGAUGUUGGACUGAUCGUUAUUUUCACUAAAUGCUUUUUUUAAAGAAAUGAAGUGACUCUUCCCCCUGUUCCUGGUGGGUUAGAAUCCUCCGUUCUUUUUUAUAUAUAUAUAAAAAAAAGUAAUUUAAAGCUUGCCCUUGCGAUAGUGCAAGGGGUUUCUAUACUAAUUAGCAAUGAUUGCUAAGGAAACAAAGAAUGUAGUGGUGUAGAAAGGGAUUUUUUUUUUUUUUUUUUUUAGGUGAUGUUUCAGAGCCAAGUCUCUUCCCACCUUCCACUUCAACCUUUCCAAGUGGAUGUGACACAAGCUGAUAUUUUUUUAAGAAAAAGCAUUUUUUUUUUUUAAACUGUUUUGGUUUGGUUUUUUUUUUUUUUCCCCGGAAGACCAAGUGGAAUGGCCUUACUCCGGGUAUCUGGAUCCCCAGGGGGUUGGCAGAGCUGUUUUUUUUUAAACUGUUUUGGUUUGGUUUUUUUUUUUUUUCCCCGAAAGACCAAGUGGAAUGGCCUUACUCCGGGUAUCUGGAUCCCCAGGGGGUUGGCAGAGCGUGAGGACAGUCGCUGUUCACAAACUGUUUGGUUCUCAAGGGCUCUCAAACCUUUCGACACUGAUUAAUGUCACGAUGAGACCCGUGAGCAGGAGGAAGAUCGGCUCGGGGACACCUGCGCCGUCUCUGCUGGAUCUUCCCAUCUCCUUCCCCUGUACCUCUGACUUGAUCCAGCAGGUUACACUUUGUAGCUGAAGUAACUGUCUAUAUUAGACACUUGUUUCUUAUCUUCCCACCUAACCCAUAUUUGUUUUAUUUUAGCAGGAGGGAAGAAAACCAAGUCUCAAUUUUUUUCAUGAUUUAAUAUUUAUGAAGUUGUAUUUAAGUGUUGUUUUUUUUCUUUUCCUGGAGAUAGUUAUUCAGUGAGUAGGGAGGUGGGGCGGGGGGUGGGGUGGCAUUUAUAUAUUGACUUCUGCUUUGUAAUGGGUUUUCAGAACCGCUUCUUUUUGUGUGUGUGCGUGUUUCAAAGUGACAGGCGAUGGGUUUUCAUGUUGUUUUUUAAACACCCAAGCGGUGUCUCUCCAGCGCGGGGAGGGGACUUUGCUUCUCCGGCCACACCGGGGAGGGAUCGGGGAGCAGCUGACGCCUCUGUGACCUCCGGCUCGAUGCCAGGCGAUGGGAUGGAGCGCGGCUGGACGGACCUCUCCUGUCCUGCUUGGCGUCACCAUCAUCACCAUCACCGUCAGGACCCCCCCCUCUGGGAGUGUCACCUGGGAGGGACAGACCUGUCCCCGUCCCCGGGGAACAGCUCGUGCCAUGCGUGACCCCCCCACCUUGUCCUUUUGGCUGUGUAACGCUUGUGGCCUCGUCUGCUGUUGGAACCACGCUGCUGUCUCUUGGACGCGCAAUACACGGUGUGCUGCUGAA